AUGAAAUUUUAUCUUGUACCAAGAAAUUAUUAUAAUUCUAAUCGUGCUACAAUAAAAGGAAUUUUUAUGGCAGAUUGUAUUUAUAAAUAUGUUGAAAAAAGAAAAAUUGAAAGUUUAUAUAUACAAAUAGAUAAUUCAUAUUACAAAGGUAUAACAGAUGAUAUGAAAUUUUUCUUAUGUAUACGAAAAAAUAGCAACUUUUGUACAAUGUGGCCACAUAGAAUAAAUUUUAAUGUUCCAUGGAAUAUUGCAAAAAAUUUAACUCAAAUUAAAUUAAUAAAUAAAAAAACAGGUGGUAAAAAAAUAUUUAAACUUGAUACAACAGCAGCAAUGAAUAAACCAUAUGAAGGAUUAACUAUAUGUGUUCCUGUACUUUAUUAUUAUAAUAAUUGGCUUCAAAUGUUUUUAUUUUUAGAAAAAUGGAGAGAACAAGAAAAUGCCAAAGUUGUUAUAUAUUAUAAAAGUUUAUCAUUAGAUGUUUAUAAUUUACUUAAAUAUUAUGAGAAAAUUAAAUUAGUUACUUUACUUCCAGCUCCAGAUAUUGAAAAAACUAAAAAUAUUAGAUUACGUAGUCCAACUAGUUUUUUUAUUUCUCAUCUUUAUUUUGAUGAUUGUAUGUAUGGAAGAAAUAUAAAAUAUGCAGCUGUAAUGGAUGUAGAUGAAUAUUUUCAUUUUUUUAAUAGUAAUAAAACAAUAUUAGAUUAUAUCAAAGAAUAUUCAAUAUUAUAUCCAAAAAAAACUUUUUUUAAUUUUGAAAGUAUGUAUAUGUCUUAUAAUAAUCAUAAAGUUGAUGAUUCUUUCAAAUUUGGAACAACUGUAUCAUUAUUAAAAGAUAAUAUUAAUUUAAAAGGAAAAUCAAUAACUUUAAUUGAUAAAAAUGAUUACAUAGGUUAUCAUUAUCCAUUAGAUAGAAAGAAUAUUAUAGGAAAAAAUUAUUCAAAAAAUUUCAACUUUGGUCAUGGUUAUAGAUUUCCAAAAAAUAAAGCAAUUCUUCUUCAUGCUAGACCUAAUUAUAUUUUCCAAAAAUUUAAAAACUCUAUGAAUGUUGUUAUAUUAAAUGAAUCUCAAAGAUUAACUCUUCAUAAUAAUUAUCAACUUUUGAAAAAAGAUAUAAAUUUUAAUUAUCCAUUGGUAUACAAAAAUAUAAUCACAAAUCAUUUAGAUAAAUGUAUCAAAGAAGAAGAAAAAAAAUUAUUUAAAAAUGGUGUUUGUAUCAAAAACUUUGAUUAUUGUUUUAAAAAAUUGGAAAAGUUGGAUAAUUGGAUUUAUGCUGAAAAUGAUAAAGAUAAAUAUUAUAAUUUAAUAGAAUUUAAAUAA